AUGUGGCGUCUCGUCGUUUGCCUUCUGCUGCCCACAAUCGUACCACUAACCUCAGCAGCAAGACCGACGCCCCGAAUUUUACGGACCACCACCACCACCACCACCACCACAACAGAGCCCACAAUAACGACAGCCUCAUUUAAAGUAGUCACUCCAAAAAUCCAAAUCAAUAGCAGUUGGGAAUGCGGCACCGACGCAUUCACGAAGGCGAUCAGCGAGGGCGAGAUUCUCGCGAAAUGCCCCAAACUUCGCGAUCACGUCAACAGCUGCUGCUAUCAGCACGACAAUUGCUACGACGAGCAGCGCGGUCAGAAUUUUUGCGACGAUCACUUCUGCGGUUGCCUGGAGGUCGUCACGCGCAGCUCGAAGCUCUGCCACACCGAAUCGAGCCCCAUCUUUUGCGAUCUCGUCCGCACGUUUGGCAAUGAGCCGUAUAAAAACUCGGCGCCGAACGCCACCACCACAACCGACGAGGGCCUUCUGGACAAAGAUGACUACGAUUACGAGGCGGCUGUUCGAAAUAUUUCAAUGAAAUUGUAA